CAGAGUCGAUACGUCGUCUCUCUCUCUCUCUCUCUCUCUCUCUCGAGCGCGCGUACUUUCUCUCUCCGUUUAGAUUAACGUCAGAAUGCGAUUACAGCACUUUCCUCGCGUUUAGAUCGUCGCACUGUAACAAAGGCAUUCAAAGGGGAAGUGUUUCUGAUGCUCGGCCGCGGGUGAUCUUUUAAAAGGAUGGAGGACGGAGAGCAGCUCGCGCGCCGCGGCGGAGACCCAACUAUCGGGCGCUCGAGCCAGGAGCAGACCGAGCUGCGCGCGGAACCGCUGGCGCGUGACGAAGCCGGAGAAGCGGCAGCGCGAGACGCGGCCACGGUGGAGCGGAGACAGGCGCGCAGCUGCCACGACACGGUUAGACAAAGAGGCACUGAGGUCAGCAACUUAACAAACCUCAGCACCCACGAUACAACACUGGAUAAAGUGCUGCUGCGUGAGGAGGUGCUGGCUCUGCAGGAGGAGGUAGCUGAGCUGAAGCGCAUGAAGGAGAUGCUGAAUAAGGAGCUGGAGGAGUGUGGAGGUGGCUGUUCAGCUGAGCUGCUCUCCGCUGCUGAACUUCGGGUGCAGCUCUCUCACCGAGAGAGAGACCUAGACCGCGCCAGUGAGGCACUGCAAGCGAUGAAGGCAGACCGUAAGAGGUUGAAGAUGGAGAAAGCUGAGCUGGUGAAUCAGAUGCAGCAGCUCUAUGCUACGCUGGAGAGCCGGGAAGAGCAGCUCCGAGACUUCAUCCGCAAUUACGAGCAGCACCGCAAAGAAAGUGAGGAUGCAGUGAAAGUCUUGGCUAAAGAGAAGGACUUGCUGGAGCGGGAGAAGUGGGAUCUGCGGCGUCAGACUAAGGAAGCCACUGAACUCGCAGUUGCACUGCGAUCCACACAGGAGCUGAAAGAGAACAGAAUCAAAGAGCUGGAGGCAGAGCUGGCCAUGAUGAGUAACUAUGUGGCCCAGAAACUCGAGUGUCAGCUGUUUGUUCGAGCUCCCGAAAAGCCAGUCUCCCCCAGAAACAUGUCGGCUAAGCAGUCUUUGGCAACGCUCACUAAGGACGUUCCUAAGCGCCACUCUCUGGCCAUGCCCACAGAGGCUGUCGUCAAUGGCAACCAGGAGUGGGUGAUGCAUGCGGAGAUGCCUCUUACUGCAGCCAUCCGUCAGAGUCAACACAGCCUUUAUCACACACUCGACAGACAUGUGUUAAAGGCUGUGCCCCAGUGUGUGUGUGAUGUUGACGGAGUGUGUGUGGCGCACGCCUCAGGCAGCCUCCGCCUCAGUCCCUGUCACUCACGGCAACCGUCAAUGAUGUCAGACGCCUCUGCGCUGGAGGGAGAGCGAUCAUCCACGCCGUCUGAGCUCAACUCACCACGACACAGAACACACUCCCUCUGCAACUCUUUAGAAGAUCUGGAAGACCAGAAGAGGAGAAAGAAGAAGGAGAAGAUGGGUUUGAGCUCUCUGUCCCGUGUGUUCGCUCGAGGAAAACAGAGGAAGUCUCUCGACCCUGGCCUUUUCGACGGUACCAACACACCUGAGUACUACAUAGAGGAGGACGCUGACUGGUGAUCCAGCCACACAGUUCUCUGACCUCUGUGUGUCCGUUCGUUUUUGUGUGUGUGUGUGUGUGUGUGCGUGUG